AUGCCACUCAUGAGGCAGCCUCCUCCUCUGCUGCAGCAACUCCUGUUUGAUAGAACAUCACACUAUAGUAGAAAAUUUCAAGCCAAAAUUAGAACUUACAACGCUAUGUUCUCCUUGACGUUACCUGGGAUGAAAUUUGAUACAACCUAUUCCAGGGGAACGGUCCUCCAACUCUGCGACUACAUGGUCAAACUUGCCAUCGGAUUGGUACCAUGCUUCCAGAAAUCGGUGAACCUCUGCAAUAUGCUCAGCUAUACAUAUUUGACACUGAUAAUGAGGUCGAAAAAUAGAAUACAAUGUUUCAGGGAUAACAAAAAUAUUGAAAAGGAUAUUAUCACCAACUUGAAGGUAAUGUUGGACGAUAAAAAUGUUCAUGCUAUAGUCUUUAGAAUGGCAAGGGAUGUGUUAAAGGAUAAUGCAUUUCAAGACUUGAAGUUGAAACUGAUUUCAAGUCGACCUGGUGACAGUCGGGUCUAUAACACGCCCACUGUUUCGGAGGUUGCUGCACUUAUUGUGGGUGAUGUUGACAUUGCUGAACUAAGGGACAUCAUAAUCCAUGAACAUGAUGGUGGCUUGCAAAGGAUUGAUGAGUUCCACCCAACUUAUCUUGGGUACCAAUACCCUUUAAUUUUUGCAUAUGGGAAAGAUGGUUACAGGGAUAAUAUACUCCAUAAGUACCAGCACAAAACAAUUGUGACAAAGUAA